AUGGCAAACGUGGAGAUUGCACUCCCCCUCCCGGUCCUGCCCGAAGGUUGGGCUGGUGAGAAGGACUUCAAGGCCAUCGGCCAGUUGAGUGAAGCCAACGACCGCAACAUUGAGCCUGUCGGCCCACACUUCUUGGCCUAUGCCCGCAGAAAGCGUCACAAGCGCACUUUCUCCGAAGACGACCGCAUCCAGGCCCAGGCCAAUGUCAAGAGCGUUGAGGAGGAGGAUCCCGAUGAUGUUGACGAGCCUGAGGACCCUCUGAUGCUGCAGCGUGAGGCAAAGGACUGGAAGUCUCAAGAUCAUUACGCUGUGCUUGGUAUAACCCGCUACCGAUGGCGCGCAACCGACGACCAGAUCAAGCGCGCACACCGCAGGAAGGUGCUCAAGCAUCACCCCGACAAGAAGGCAGCCAAGGGCGGCACCGAAGACGACCAAUUCUUCAAGUGUAUCCAGAAGGCCCACGAAGUCCUGUCCGACCCUGUCAAGAGGAGGCAAUUCGACUCUGUCGACGAGGCCGCCGAGGUUGAGCCACCAUCGAAGAAGGAGACGCAAAAGGGCAACUUCUACAAACUCUGGGGCAAAGUUUUCGAGGCUGAGGGGCGCUUCUCCAACCAGCAACCGGUACCCAAGCUCGGUAACGAGAACAGCACCAAGGAGGAGGUUGAGCACUUCUACAACUUCUGGUACAACUUUGACAGCUGGAGAUCAUUCGAAUACCUUGACGAGGAUGUACCAGACGACAACGAAAACCGCGACCAGAAGCGUCACGUUGAGCGUAAGAACCAGGCCGCCCGUCGCAAGAAGAAGACUGAGGACACUGCCCGUCUGAGGCACUUGGUCGACGACUGCCUUGCUCUCGAUGAGCGUAUCAAGAAGUUCCGUCAAGCCGAGCACGCACAGAAGAACAAGCGCCGUCUCGAAAAGGAGGCUGCUCAGAAGCGAGAGGCAGAAGAGGCUGAGAAGAGGAAGGCUGAGGAGGCCAAGGCUGCUGCUGAGAAGGAGGCAGCUGAGAAGGCGGCAAAGGCCGACACAAAGAAGGCCAAGGAAGCUGCGAAGAAUGCGGCAAAGAAGAACAAGCGUGUGGUGCGUGGUGCAGCCAAGGACGCCAACUACUUCCACGGUGAUGGUGAAGCGCCCGCAUCCCAAGUCGAUGCUGCUCUGGCCGACGUGGACCUCAUCAUCACCAAGCAGGAUCACGAGGAGCUGGCGGCAUUGACGAGCAAGCUCAACAACGUCAAGGACGCAGCCAAGAUCAAGGAGAUCUUCCAGGAAGAGGCCCAGCGCCUGAUUGGUGCCUCGAAGCUCAGCCAGGGCGAACUCCGCGCCUUGGCCUAG